UCGCGGCUACAAAGCGCGAAAUGUCGCGCAGUCUCUAAAUAUACUGCGUCAAUUAAUUUUUAUGUACACGAUUGUCGUCAGGACAACGGUAUGGACAUGGUAAUCCUUACGUGUCUUGAAUAGUAAAAACAUUCAGUACUUAGUGAAAGUGAACGUUAAAAAUAUUAAUAAAAAAAUGUCUAACUACGUAACACCAAUCCUUUAUUUAAAUAUGGGUGGCGAAAUGUUAUAUGUUCUACAGCAAAGACUGAAAGCACAGAAGAUUAGUGUUGAUAAAUCUGUACAAGUGAUAGAAGGUGUAACUGCUGCUUUAUUCAAUCCUAAAAUAUUAUGUUCUAUAUUUGAGGAAGGAUAUAUGAAUGGAAUACCUGCCAUAAGAUCCACUUUAGAGGCUGUUGUAUUAUCGUCCAUAGUAAAACUAGAUACAAAUAGCAUGAAUAAACUAUUCGAUCUAAUGAUUAUGAUGGUUAAAUAUCAAUUAACUGCAGCUACCGGCCCUAAAGAAGUUAUUCUAUUAACGUUAAAUCACACAGACGCAAUGCGUGAUAUGGUCAGUAAUCCGACAGUACAACGAUGUCUUGGGAUGUUACAUCAGAUGGUGAUUGAUAUAUUUGAAGACUUAACUUGUGAAGAAGUCUGGAAUAUCAGAAAUAACUGCUUGAAAGAAUUAGAAUCAUAUUGUGUAAGGGUAUCUAUCCUUCUUAGGUUUGGAUUACAAAAUGAUGAUGGCACUUUUAAUGUAACGUCUAGUAGAUAUAACGAAAAAUACGAAGAAAACAGGAGUAGUUUUUCUGAUAUGAAAUUGCGGGAUAUGCAUCGCAAAACGAUUGGUGGCUCAUUCAAUCUUUUUGGUGAACGUGUUACUUUACUAGGUAAAAACAUGUAUGCAAUGACUUCUGAAAUGUUGAAGCUAACACUAAAGGAAGAGCAUCAAGAUUAUUCGAAAGAUUGUGGUGCAAAAGCAGAACUUGGUAUGUUAGCUGUUCAACUGGGAACUGAAGAAACUACAUAUAAAAGACCUUUUACUUUGAAUUUAUUUUUAAAUAAUGAUCAUGAUAAUACAAAUAUGGAACAAGAUAAUUCUGAUUCUAAAGAAGAUAAUACAAGUAAUGCAGAUACUACAAAAAAUGAAAAAACAGUAUGUAAUAAAGAUUAUAAAGCAAAACUUGAUAAUGUGCUUGCAGAUUUUUCUGAAGAUAACAUUAAAGACUUAGAAAACCAAAUGUUCAUAUUGGACAUAUUAGAGAACAUAGAAUAG